GAAUAAACCAGCUCUUUUUCCUAUUUGGAACUUACUUGUGACAGCUGCUGAAAAAACAGGAAGUGAUUGGAAUGCUUUUACAGCUUCGCUGGACUGCGGGCUGCUUUACAGCCUCUCUCUCCCAAAAACAGCUGUGCAGGGGGGAACCCAAUAUGGCAUCUUGCAUGAGGAGCUUGUUUUCUGACCACAGCAGAUACGUUGAAUCUUUCCGGAGGUUUCUAAAUAAUUCCACGGAACACCAGUGCAUGCAGGAAUUCAUGGACAAGAAGCUGCCAGGCAUAAUAGCAAGGAUUGGAAAAACCAAAGCAGAAAUUAAGAUUCUGAGCAUAGGUGGAGGAGCAGGUGAAAUUGACCUUCAGAUUCUUUCCAAAGUCCAGGCUCAAUACCCAGGAAUCUGUAUCAACAAUGAAGUUGUUGAGCCAAGUGCUGAGCAAAUUGUCAAGUACAAAGAGCUUGUAGCCAAGACAUCCAACCUGGAGAACAUAAAGUUUGCUUGGCACAAGGAGACAUCAUCUGAAUAUCAGAAACGAGUGCUGGAAGAAGAACCUCAAAAGUGGGACUUUAUUCACAUGAUUCAGAUGCUGUAUUACGUAAAGGAUAUUCCAGCUACCCUGAGAUUCUUCCAUGGUCUCUUAGGUGCCAAUGCUAAGAUUCUCAUUAUUCUUGUGUCAGGAAGUAGUGGCUGGGACAAGCUAUGGAAAAAGUAUGGAUCCCGCCUACCCAGAGAUGACCUCUGCCAGUAUGUCACAUCCUCUGAUCUUACUCAGAUACUGGACAACCUGGGGAUUAAGUAUGAGUGUUCUGACCUUUUGUCCACCAUGGACAUAACAGACUGUUUUAUUGAUGGUAAUGAAAAUGGAGAGCUGCUUUGGGAUUUUUUGACAGAAACCUGCAACUUUAACAAAACAGCACCACCGGAUCUCAAAGCAGAAAUUAUGAAAGAUCUUCAAGAACCUGAAUUUAGUGUUAAGAAAGAGGGGAAAAUACUUUUUAACAAUAAUCUGAGUUUUAUAGUAGUUGAGGCAUAAAUAUAAAUCAUAAGAGUGUUCAAAACGAACAAUUGUGAUUGUUCAGAACACCAUUAUUUUGAACAAUUGUUUAUUUACGUAUUGAAUUUACAUAUCAAACACAUUUACAUAUUAAAGUUAAAAUUAAUCUUAGAAUAAGGAUAUAAUCUUUUCUCUUAUAAACAAAAUCUACAAAUUCCCAAGACAUUCUUGAGUUUCCACCAGAAUCAUGUGGGCUACUUCCAGUUAUCGAUUGUCCUUGAAACAUAGCAUUCAGGCUAAGCACUACCUAACUGGAAACAUGGCUUGAAUAUCAUUGGCUUACUGAUAAUAAACUACUUUCCAUUAUCUUAUUGUACUGGAAAUUCUUAGAAUAGUAAUAAAAUAUGUGCUAUCUAUAUUUUGAAUAAUAGCAAAAUAACAUUUAUUGAUUCUUUCAUUAUAAAAGGUAAAUAUAUCUCCACUUUUAAAGAAGUGUUUGUCUUCCUAUUUUUUCCUAUGGUAAUUUUUAUCAUACCUUUUAUUAAUAUCAUCAGAAAAUUAGAGGCUGGUGGGAUGGUUGUUCCAGAAGCCCUGGGUUCAGUUUUCAGCAUGCGUAUCCUACACCUCACAACCCACUGUGACACCGGCCCUAGAGAAUCUGAUGCCAUAUUCUGGCCUUGCAGGCAUCAACACUUCUGUGCACAUACCCCUCCCACACACAUAAUUAAGAAUAAAAUAAAUCUUUAAAAAGAUUA